CUGUGUUAUUUUGUGGAGUUUUCGAGUACCGCUAACUUAACUCGCCAGCAGUGGCUGGGCGACAAAUAAUAUGAAUUUUGGUGAAGUGAUGGCAUCGGGAACCCUGAACACGUGUACUACUUCUCUGUUUAAUCAGAUGUCGUUUGUCAACAGCUUUCGGGUUCUUAGUCGGUGAAGUCAGAGUGCCAGACGAUGCUAGCCGGUUAGCCCGGGUUGUUGCUAGCUGGCUAAGGAAGUUAGCCGGUUAGCUAGCAAUCCGCGUCAGCUUGCCGGAGGCUGUUCUCUUGUUUCGCGCAUUUCAAGCCUGUUCACCGACCUCAGUAACUGUUAAACCGGUUCCUAAACGUAAACGUUGCAUUAUAGCUCCACCGAUGUAAAAUGUAAAAGACAGAAACGUACACAGGCCGUUUUUAAAAUGAGGAGUAAACAGUGCUUAUCCUGAGCGGCUGGUUUUGUGCCAACGCUUCUCUUUUGUUUUGACAAAGGAAGAGGACCUGAAUUUCUUUCUUUUUUUCACACCAUUUCACAUUUGGUGGUGGGACAGUUUCGCUGAUCAUUUUCCCCCGGUUUCGACUAUGGCUCCACAUAAGCAGAGCUCCUCAGGUGGAAGCCACCCGGUGGGGUUUGGUUCUGGAGGAAAAGCCAACGGGUUGUACCAGUCGUCCUCCGCUGUGAUGGCUGCAGCCAAGAAGCCCAACAUGCAACUUAUUCAAGCCGACCACGAGUUAUUCCUGCAGGCCUUCGAGAAACCAACCCAAAUCUACAGGUUCCUCCGCACAAGGAACUUGAUCGCUCCUAUAUUCUUGCACAGGACACUCACCUAUAUGUCCCACAGAAACUCAAGGAAUAAUGUCAGAAGGAAAAGCUCCAAGGUUGACAAUCUGCUGUUCAAAGUAGAAAAGAUGAGAGGUGAACAGGAGACUCACAGCUUGACCUCUAAUCUGCAGCUCACAUUUACUGGCUUCUUUCAAAAAGCUGGAAAACCAUCUCAGGACAGUGAGAAUGAGCAGAACUCUGUGUCUCUGGAGGUGCUGCUGGUCAAAGUCUGCCACAAGAAGAGGAAGGAUGUGAGCUGUCCAGUGAAGCAGGUCCCUACAGGGAAGAAGCAGGUUCCUCUGAAUCCAGACACAAGUGCUGGAGUCCAGGCUAAGACGGGGUCCUUCCCCUCACUGCUGGUCCCCAGCAUUGAGUUUGAACCUAGCAACUCUCACAUGGUCAAAUCUUACUCAUUGCUCUUCAGAGUAUCGAGACCUGGAUGUCCCCGAACACAGAUCAACGGCCUGGCCAAUGGAGAAAAUCAUCACAGCAGAGAUUUUUCAGAGGAAGUCGUGAACAGGAAGAGGAGGAGCUCCUCUCUCAGGGAGGAGGGAGAAACCACAUUUGUGGCUCAGAUGACUGUCUUUGAUAAAAACAGGCGUCUGCAGUUGUUAGAUGGGGAGUAUGAGGUGUCCAUGCAAGAGAUGGAGGAGUGUCCUGUCAAUAAGAAGAGGGCGACCUGGGAGACCAUCCUGGACGGAAAGCGUUUGCCUCCGUUUGAGAGUUUCUCUCAGGGUCCAACCCUACAGUUCACCCUGCGCUGGACCAGCGACUCCACUGAUCGAUCCACUGCACCCGUGGCUAAACCUUUGGCUACCCGCAACUCUGAGACCAACCAGGACACCAGACCCAGCACCCUGAGAGCCACACACACUCUCGCUGUUAAAGAAUCUCUAAAUGCAGACAUGCAAACCAGGAGAGAACAAAUCUCAGCUGAGCCUCGACAGAAGCUACGAAUCUUCUACCAGUUCCAGUACAACAACAACACGCGGCAGCAGACCGAGGCCAGAGACGACCUCCACUGUCCCUGGUGCACCCUCAACUGCAGGAAGCUGUACAGUCUGCUCAAACACCUCAAACUGUCCCACUCCCGCUUCAUCUUCAACUACGUGCCCCAUCCUAAAGGAGCAAAGAUCGAGGUCUCCAUCAACGAGUGUUACGACGGUUCAUAUGCAGGAAACCCUCAGGACAUCCACAGCCAGCCGGGCUUUGCCUUCAGCAGGAACGGCCCUGUGAAGAGGACUGCUGUCACCCACAUUCUGGUCUGCAGACCAAAGAGGACGAAGCCGAGUCUGUCUGAGUUCCUGGAGUCGGAGGAUGGCGAUCGGGAGCAGCAGAGGACGUACAUCAGUGGACACAACCGCCUGUACUUCCACAGCGACUGCUGCCUGCCGCUCAGGCCUCAGGAGAUGGAAAUGGACAGUGAGGAUGAGAGGGACCCUGACUGGCUCAAAGAGAAGACUGUUAAGCAAAUUGAGGAGUUCACUGACGUCAACGAGGGGGAGAAGGAGAUCAUGAAGCUGUGGAACCUGCAUGUCAUGAAGCAUGGCUUCAUAGCAGACAACCAGAUGAACGAGGCCUGCCUGCUGUUUGCUGAAAACCACGCUGCCGUCAUCGUCAAACACAACCUUUGUCGCAACUUCCUGCUGCACCUGAUCAGCAUGCACGACUUCAACCUGAUCAGCACGCUGACCAUCAACCAGGCCAUGGCCCGCCUCCGCCUCCUCCAGAGCCAGGCCGCUCACAGAGACGGAGACGAGGAAGAGGAGGACGAGGAAGAAGAAGAGGACUGGGAAACAGCCGUGGAGUCCCAGCCGGAGCUGGACCCCGAUCCUGAUCCCGAUCCGUCCGAGUAUAAAGCCUGUUGUGAUGAGACGAGCAACGGCUGCCUGGAGAAUGGAAACCAGCAGGAGGGGAGCUGAGGAGCUGCGACAGGAAAGCCGAGCAGAACACGUCAGCUUGGUUUUAAACUGACCAUCGACCAGACAUCCCCAAAUAGGACAGAAAACUGAGGCCUGAGGCGACAGACAAGCGUCAAACACACAAGUUACUGCAGGGAUAAUGUCUUCAAAGGCAGGUUACAUCAGAAACAAGAUGAACUUUUGAUCUUGGAAGUCAUUUGUUUUCCACUUUUUCACACGUGUGAGUCAAAGAGACAGCUGAAAACGUCUCAACUUGUUAAAAACUUGAAGCUUUGAAUUCUGAGUAUUUCCUUGUUUUUCCAUGCUGUGUGUCCUGACGCUGUAGAUAUAUCAGGGUUUGAGCUCUGAAACUCAAAGGUGCUGCAGUUGCUGUGUUGUUUCUUUGUUUCCAGCCAACCAAGUUUAUUUGAAACUAUGGAGUGAGCACAAAAUAUAUUCAACCGAGGAGAUGGAUGUGUUAUUUUAAAAUGACAUACAUUUUCAAUACAAAAUAAAAUCUCCAUUUCAUAUUGUUAAAUUUAUUUAUUUGACCAGAAAUCGGUUACAAAAAUACAGAUGCUGAUGAGUGGGGAAAAUGGUAAAGGUCAGUUCAGAUCAUCAUCCGACCCCUUGUAUGGAGACACUUAAAGGAAACAGACAAAAUUCCAUGAAAGACCCAAACCAGCGAUGUGUUGCUCAGUGCUUCAUGCGUUUUCUCCACUAUAAUCUCUCAAUUCUGCUCACAACUAAUUUGAUCGCAGUUGUGUGGACUAAUCCACGUUCAGCACUGCGUUCUUUGAUGCCACUUUCCUUCAGCAUUGUUCCGUCGAUCGCAUGCAAGAAUUCAUCCUGACCCGUAGUUUGGUGAUGGUUUAUUUUGUGUUCUCUCCAUAGUUCAGUUAACAAACCUCAGAUGGGAUCGUCUUCCUCAGUGUGAAGCACCAAUCAGUGACCUUCCAAGGCACGCUCGGCUCCACCAAAGGUUUUCUUUUCACACAGAGCGUGUUUACAUGCUCACUGGUUUCUCGGUUAGGAGCCACAGGCGUGAUCACCUGCUCUGUACCUCAACAGUUCACAUGAAUCUACUUCACUUUCCAGCUGCCAUUACCUUCCCUGUUUUUUUGAGAACCGUGACUCUACACACACAUGUCCAGUACAGGUUUUUUUAAACUACUGGUGCUAGAUGUUGUUAUUCCUCAGAAACCUUCACUUCGAUGCAGCUCUGCUCCUUUCUUGCAGACUUUUCCUCUUUGCUAUCAUGCAGCUAUCUGGUCUGCUGAUCCCAGGACAACAAAGACACACUUCAAGCUCCGCCUCCUUUAACAUUCAGCAAUGCAGAAUUGUGAAAUCUGAACACAACACGAGCACAACUUGCGACUCUUUUUUUUGAAGUCUGUCGAUUACUUGAGUUUAGUAUCUGUGAGGCUCAAGAAGCAAAGACACUUCUCACAAUGACACGGCUGUUUUUAUUAUCAAUUGAACAGGGCUGCGAAUGACAAUUAUUUCACUGUAGAAUAAUCUGUUGGUUAUUUUCUCCGUUUCAGUGCUCAAAUUGACAUCCUCAAAUCAAAGAUAUUUAGUUUGCUGUCAGUGGAGUUUUCUAGGUGCUGCCUCCAAUUUAUUGAUUCAAAUCAGUACGAACUGAAUAAUUUGGGGGUUUUAAACUGUUUCUCUCAGACGCACAAGCUCUUCAGAUCUGCCAUUCUCUUUAUCGACUCGCUCAACGGUGAGUCGUCAUUCAGACUUGGGCCACAUGUUAAAGAAGGAACACAGCAUUCACUGGAGCUGAACAUGGUGCUGUUUUUCCUUGCGGUGUUGCUGCGCCUGUUAUGUACAUAAGACUCUGUUUAAUUAGGUGUAAAGAAUUAGCUUUGGAAUAUGGUUGUGUGGAGACCUGAACACCAGCCAAGAAGUUUUGGUAGUUUCUUAGUUUACACACCAAAGGGGAUUCCUUUGAUGCAGAUUUCUCCGCUCUUGUUUCGUGUCUCAUGUUUGGGGGAAAAAAACCAACUAAAAAACAGUGAUUUCUGCAAAGCAGACUCAGGCUGCAUCUCUGGACCAUCUGACACAAGAUCCUCACUGCCUUCAAAUCAUCUGAGGUUCAACAGUGAGCAAAAAAAAAAAAAGCAGAGUCCAGAUACGGCCUACAAUUUACUGCUCCAUUUUGAACAGAUUGUAUGCAGUAUGAUCCUCCACAUGUGGCCAGCUGUUAGGACUGGCACUGCCACAGAAUUAUUUUGAGCUUUGAUGGGAUUAGUUGGGUUUAUUUCUUGUGUUGUGGCUCUGCUCUUUUAAAAGCUUUACAUCAGUCUGAUGGUGACAAAUCCAGCCUGCAGGAAUCUGCUUUGCUGCAGGAAUUCAGAGCCAUUUGGGCCGACGUGUGACAGUUCUGUGACAGAGCACUUUCUGGUGUCAGUGGAACCCGUUGUAGAUUUUUUUUUUUUUUUUUGUUCAUUCACAAGACCAGCAGCAUUUUGCACAAGAUGGGAGGAGCCAUGUCAAGAAAAACAAGACUUUUCUUCAACAAUAAUGUAAAACCAGCUUGACAAUAUGAACGUUUGAGUAAAGUCAGAUUGGUUUUCUAUUAAAAGAACGAUUUUGUAAUAUUGA